AUGGCGUCACUUUUCGAUGCAUCGCUUGACUUGGUUUCACCAACUAUGGCCAAACCGAAAACGUCCAUUCCAACUUCACAUACCCAUGCAGCACGCAUCAGUGGCAUAAUUGGUCGUGGUGACGUGGUGCCAUUAUCUGGUGCAAAAAUGUGCGUUAUGUUGUCUCACAGAGCGUCAGAGCUCCGUGAACAGGAAAAUGACUCUGCACUGGAUAGAAAUUCGGUCAAUCAUAUGACGAAUGGUAAGAAAUGUGGAUGA